CGUCCUGCGGCUGAAAUGAUGAUGAUAAUGAAUUGUUUCUAACGGUUCCUCUUUCUUUGUCCCCAGGAUCGUACCAGCCCAGCAAUGAGUUGAUGCUGAGGUUCUACAGCUACUUCAAACAGGCCACGGAAGGACCAUGUGAUAAGCCAAAGCCAGGUUUCUGGGACGUUGUUAACAGAGCAAAAUGGGAGUCAUGGAACAAACUAGGAAAUAUGACCAAAGACGAAGCGAUGCAGGCAUACGUAGACGAAUUACACAAGGUAAUUGAACUGUAA